CUAAGUUUAACUGCAGCAAUGAACUAUUAUAGAGAGGAAAUGUUGCUUUGGCAUGCCACCAAGUUUGUUUAACAUUGCUGGUUAUCGGUAUAUCAGCACAGCAUAUUGACUAGUCAUGGCACUAACUAUGCUAUUCAGUCAUUUGUAUUUAAAAUACAUUUUUGUUUUGUAGAAAACGAAAUCAGCAGACAGUUCUUCUUGAAAUGGGAUACCAAAGCAGAAACAUCAGUUCUACGUUUAUUUUAGGAAAUACAGAUGAUUCAUUCAGGCAUUUGAAACUGCUGAGAAUCUUUGUUAAUGUCCACUACAGUUGCAGUGUCGGUUGGAGUGGUGCUGGUCUCAACAGCAGGUCUGCUGGGUUAUUAUUACUUCAACAGGAAAAGGAAACCACAGAUUACCCUGAUUAAUCACUCUGAAAAAUACAAAUUGAGACUAGUAGACAAAGAGAUCAUAAGCCACGAUACCCGCAGGUUUCGGUUCGCCCUGCCCAGUCCAGAGCAUGUUUUGGGAUUACCAGUAGGCAAGCAUGUUUAUCUCUCUGCCAGGAUUGAUGAGAAUUUGGCUGUGCGUCCCUAUACACCAGUGUCUAGCGACGAUGACAAAGGAUUCGUUGACCUCGUUGUGAAGAUUUAUUUUAAGAAUGUGCACCCAAAGUUUCCAGAAGGGGGAAAGAUGUCCCAGUACUUGGAGAGUUUGAGGAUUGGAGAUGUGAUUGACUUCAGAGGACCAGGAGGUUUGCUGGAGUACAAGGGGCAAGGUCAGUUUGCUAUACAGGCCGAUAAGAAGACCCCUGCUGAGACUAAGACUGUAAGAACGUUGGGUCUUAUAGCUGGAGGAACUGGCAUUACGCCAAUGUUGCAGCUGAUUCGUGACAUCAUCAAAAACCCAAGUGAUACAACGACAUGCAGCCUGCUGUUUGCCAACCAGACUGAGAAGGACAUUCUGCUGAAGGAUGAUCUGGAGGAGAUUCAGGCGAGGCAUCCGGAUCGCUUCAAACUCUGGUUCACAGUGGACCGAGCUCCUGCAGAUUGGGAGUACAGUCAGGGCUUCAUCAAUGCUGAGAUGAUUCAGGAGCACCUGCCUCCACCCAGUGAUGACUCUAUGAUCCUCAUGUGUGGUCCACCUCCCAUGAUCCAGUUUGCAUGUAAUCCCAACCUGGACAAACUGGGCUACAGGCAGAGCCAACGUUUCGUCUAUUAGACCAUUCUCAAUGCUCAGGGCCCAGACACAAAUUACUCCAAAGAUACUAAAUUACACACAAUUGUGUUUAAGCUAAUAUUGCAUAUAAUAAAUAUUAAAUGUUUAAGUGCUAGUCUGUCCAGAGGUAAUUGGUUCUUCAUAGUAAAAGCCUAUUAUUCUAAUACGAUACAGAGACAGUCUGCUGUAUCCUCGGGCUUUAUAUUGACUAUUGUGGCUUGAUGUGCUAUACAAUAAGAUGCUGAUACUACAAAAAAGCACCAAUUUAAUGCACUAAAAAAGGCACUAGAGUUUUAAGACACCUGCUUGCUGAAUUUAAUGCUGAAUAUUAUAAUUCACGUGCCUGUGUGACGUGACUGGCAUUCUUGUUUGAUGUAUGUAUACAUUGUUAUGAUAUGCAUUUGCUGUCACUGGAGUAUUUUUGUAUGCAUGCUGCACUCCAUAUAUGUUUAUCUUUUAUGUUAACCAUAUAUGAAUUUUUAAAAGCAAUGCAAUUGUUUUCUAUGAAAUGCACUAAAGCAACAAAAAAGUGCUUAUUAAAGUGUUUUCACUGGCAUUUUAUUGUUUAAUUGCUCCCCCCAGCAUUGCAUGGCCAAAUCUGAGGAUUUUAUGUAUGUUGUGGUUGUAUGAUGCUCACAUUUGAAUUGACUGCGAUUAUAAAGAGUGCCUAGGAUGAGGAUUGGGGAUUAUAGGAGAUUGUCAGCAAAGGCCAGCUGGUUUAACACAGAAAUACUCCAUCUUGAAAGACUGAUAGUAGGA